UUUAUCUUGUCCCGACGUGUUUCUGCGCUCGCGGUCUUUCUCGAGCACGUGCCAUUCUGCCAUCGACUGCCACCUCGAAACCUAGAAAGGCCACCAUCGACGCCUCGAAAUGCAUGUCACACGAGCGCUGAGAAGUUCGGAUCGUUGAGUGGGUCUAAAAUGCAGCAUCACAAACUUUUCAAACGCAUCGUUGAAUCCGUAUUUGUGGUUAGCAGUCUUCAGGUAUUCUACAUUAUCUCAGCUGAGCAGGAAGACUGGCGGCAUCACCCGAUCUACUACAACACCAAGAACGGCGUACCGAUUCCGUUAUUGCACCAGGAGGAGAAUUUAUCGAAUAACGGGCUCAUCAUUUCGUACGGGCGACCGCCUUGCGCAUGCGACGCGUGGGAUUGCAACUGCUGCACAAAUCUCUUCUACGACGCCAUCAAAUUCAGGGAGAGAGGCUGCUUCCAGUUCGGCUACAAUCUUAAGCAGGAGAAAAUCAGGGUCAAACUCCUCAUGAAUGACUCCACCGUUGUCGAGGACGAUGUCACAGACGAGAAUCCAGCCCCCUUCUGCCUCUCCAACCAUUCACCAUCCUCGACUCCCCUGGAGAUGUGCGCAAAGGUAUCGAACCUAACCUUCCCCGGCCCGGGGCGAAACAUCCAGUUUUGCCUCAACUUCGAGACCCGUCACUCCAGCCACACUUUCAUCCUGAAGUUCGAGUGCGCCCGCUUCGGGGACAACGGUUUCCAGUCGUUCAACCCGGACGAGCCGGAAAUCCUGGUGACCACCCUCAAACCGCUCGCGGCCACACGAGCCACCGGCACCGGUUCGACCCCACCGCCGCGCGAGGAGAGCAUCGACAUGGACCUCGCCUUCAACCGCUUCAUCCACAACGACACGAAACCGAUUCAGCUGGCAAAACCCUUCCUGCCAACGGCCCUGCCCAGCGGCGCGGGCGUAUCGCCCACCAACUUCCUGCUCGCGGCGAAACCUUCCGGGUUCGUUCUUCCCUCCGCGGAAACCAGUUCCAGCCCGCCAUCGAUAGUAGGUUUGAUGCAACAGCCGAAAAUCCCCAAGGACCAGAGCGUCGAGGAGUCCGCCAAAGUGGAUAGCUUCGAGACGAAUCCGGACUCCGUCAAUUUCACCUUCGGUUCCGGGAUGUCCGGAACCGGUUUUUCUGGAACCGGGGUUUCGGCAACCGGGUUCUCUUCUCCGGACGUCUCUGGUAUGAAUUUCUCGAGUGACACCUUCCCCGGGUUUGAGAUGUUCGAUCGUGAGAAUAGGACGGACCCCAAUGGAACGGUAGCAACCAGCAAGGACAAAGAAUUCAUGGCGUCACUUUCCGAAGCGGUGAAAACGCUCCAGGAGCAGAGGAAGGAGAAAACAACGGAAAAUCCUGAUUUGAGUGAGCUGGAGGAAGUGUUUAUGGGCAACACCGACGAAGCGUCAAAUGAAGCGUCGUCUGAUGAUUUCCAAACGGUGCCGUACAGCCCGCAGUACAUAGAGUCUCAUAGCCCUCCACCGAUGGCCUCCACUGAGAGACCCACUUACAUACAGAAAAUUCCAUUCAAGAAGUCAUCACACCGGUAAGCUUGCGGUGCACUCAAGCUCACAGAAUCAACUGCUACUUGUUGCGUAUGGAAAUCGAUGCCUACACUGAGAAAAAAAGUUGGGUUAUGCAAACCAAAAGUAUACAAUUUUGCAAUUCGGCUGUACUGUUAGAGUCACGUAACCGUAUUCUCGGCUCACGCAACCGAGUUUUUUUUAUGGUUUGGUCCGGUUUAAGAGUUCGGUUGCAUGAACUGAAUUCAUGGCUCCUAUAACCGUGAGUAUACGAUCACAUGAAUCGAACAGUGCGACCGAUAUGCCACACCCGUGUUUUCGGUUAUUAUGACAGAAUUUUUUUUCUCAGUGUAAGUAAUAAAAUCGUAUCCCGAUUGUAACAUUUGAAAAAAUCCAGAAAGGAAUUAACCACAAUACCCCCAUGGCAUUUUUCUGAGUGUUCUGAAAUUCGUGAGAACAAUUCACAACAAAUUUCAAGGACAACUGUGAGUUGAUUUAUUUGUUAAAAUGUAAAACCUUUAAGUAAGGAGAUUCCCAACAUUGCAAUCGGAGUAACACAUUGUUCGAUUUAAAUAAAUCGAAACGAGCGUGAGUGUGACUGGAAAAAUAUUAUGGGGGCCAUAAGUUAUUUCCUCGUCAAGGGAGUCUAUUAAUAUUGCGCAGCUACUUACCCCGACCUUCACGUUUUUAUGAGGUAGCCAUUAGAUCCUCCUAGCCACGUCUAUUAAAAUAAGGAAAAAGGGCGCACUAAUUUGCUUCGUAUGAAAUUCUGAGCCUUUUUAACACUUGCGGGGAAAAUUGGCAUUUAUAACAGUUUGGGAAAUUUUUUAGCGAAUCCCUAUACUUGAGUCAUUACAAAUGUGGAUUGUUGGCACUUUAGUCAACUGGGAACGCUUUACAAGUGUUAUCGAAAAUACAAAGGUUUAAAAAGUUAGACUAAACUUCUAGACUAAGCUUAAUAUUAAAAUGUUUACUUAAUUAGUAUGUGUAAGGAUCUCCCGUCCCAAAAAACGACUGAACCGAGAAAUGUAACUUCUUUAGAAUAUCUCACACCUUCCAAAACUACGUGAAAACCAAGAUGAUUGAGAUAUCUUAUAAUCUCAUCUCAGAGAUUAGUAUUUAGUUCAAUGAAAACUUAUUAUAAACAAAAAUUCUACAUUUUUGCAUACGUCAUUCCUUCCGACUGAUUUUUUUUUUUAAAUCUGCCUGAUUAUUCGUUUUGCAAACAAUGAAAAAAUGCAAAAGGUACACGGAAAGAUUUGAACGAUUACCGAUUUGAUUAAAAAUGUAAAUAAAUAGUAGUUCCUAAAUUCUUGUAUAUUUGUACAACCUAUAUUUGUCUCUUUAAGAAAUUAUGUUUUUAGAUUUAUAUUAAUUUAUUAAAAACAAAAUUGACCUUC